AUGGAGGAUUGCUUCAUGUUAACUCUGAUUAAACAAACGGAGCACAAAAGGCGUAUAAGAAAGGAGGUUCCGACAAUGUCAGAGAAGUUUUCUGACCAAGAAGAGUUACCAUUCCUAAAACUUAUAAGAAUAUCAAUGACCGAUCCCUAUGCAACUGAUUCUUCAGAAGAUAAAGAUGACCACAUUUUUGAACGUUGGCAUGUAAAGAAGUAUGUUAAUGAAAUUAACAUACAACCAUCAAGCAAAGCUAGAAUGAUGCCUCUCAAGGGCAAUAUGACGACAACCAGAAACAGUCCAUGUGCUAUAGAUUCAAAACAGAAAGCUAUGAAGAAGAAGAAUAAGAAAAAUCCAGAGGAUAAUGUUAGGAAGUUCCGAGGAGUACGGAAAGGACAUUGGGGGAGAUGGGCAGCGGAGAUUAUGGAUCCGGCUACACGCCAGCGGUUGUGGUUGGGAACAUAUGAUACGCCGGAGGAAGCUGCCAUGGUAUAUGAUAAUGCUACCAUCAAACUCCGUGGUGCUCGUGCUAUUACAAAUUUUGUUUUGCCAACGUGCAAUCAGGCAUCUUCAAUCAAGUAUAUGUUCAAAUACAUCAACAAGGGUCCAGAUAGAGCUACUGUUGCAAUUGUAGAAAACAGUGAUGAUGUGGUCACUGUUAAUGUUGUUGAUAAGAUAAAACAGUAUUAUGAUUGUAGAUACCUUUCUGCAUGUGAAGCUUCAUGGCGUAUUUUUGGAUAUGAUGUUCAUUAUAGGACUCCUUCUGUUUUAAGACUUCCUUUUCAUCUUCCGGGACAACAACAAGUAGUGUUUGGUGCUGAAGAUAAUAUUGAUAAUGUGCUAAACAGACCAUCUGUGGCGUCGUCAAUAGAUGCAUGUUAUGCUCAUGGGCUUUUAGACGAUGACAAGGAAUAUAUUGAAACCAUUGAAGAGGCAAAUUUAACUGCAUCUGGUUUUUAUCUCCGCUUCUUAUUUGCAACCAUGUUGAUUUCAAACAAUUUAUCUAGACCUGAAUUUGUUUGGGAAAAACCAUGGCAAUACUUAGCAGAUGGGAUUAUGUACAAUCAACGAAUUGCUUUACAGUCGCCAGCUCUUAAUGAAGAACAAAUGAAGAAUCUAACUUUGCUCGAUAUUGAAAAGAUUUUGCUUCGUAACAAUUCCACGUUGAAAAACUUCACCACACUGCCUUAUCCUGAUAAUGACUCGCUUGAAUCCUCAAACAACCGUUUGAUUGCAGAAGAACUGGAUUAUAAUCAUCAUAAUUUAGGAGAUGAGUUUCACACACUUGUAACUGCUCUUACAGAUGAGCAAAGAGGUGUGUAUGAUGAAAUCAUGAUUGCGGAUGAAAAGAAAAAAGGUGGUGUAUUUUUUGUUUAUGGACAUGGCGGAACAGGAAAAACAUUCCUAUGGAAGACCUUGGCUACAUCAAUAAGGUCUAAAGGAGAGAUUGUUUUAAAUGUUGCUUCCAGUGGUAUUGCAUCUUUACUUCUUACCGGUGGCAGAACAGCACACUCUCGUUUUCACAUCCCGCUUAUUCUGAAUGAAGAUUCUCUUUGCCAAAUGAAGCCAGAUAGUGAUGUUGCAGGCUUAAUAAAGAAAACUACUUUGAUAAUAUGGGAUGAGGCACCAAUGGUUCAUAAACAUGCAUUUGAAGCAUUAGAUAGAAGUAUGAAUGAUAUUUUCAAUGCUCAAUGCAGUGGUGACUCAAAUAUGAUUUUUGGGGAUAAGGUAAUUGUUUUAGGAGGAGAUUUCAGACAGAUUUUGUCGGUUAUUCCCAAUGCAGGUAGACAAGACAUUGUAAAUGCAUCAUUAAGUUCAUCUUACAUUUGGGAAAAAUGCAAAGUCCUAAGGUUAACUAGAAACAUGAGGCUAACUGCAAACAGUGAAAGUUCAGAAAUUGAACAAACAAGGGAUUUUGCAAAAUGGAUUUUGGACUUAGGAGAAGGAAAAGUUGGAGGUGAUAAUGAUGGUGAAGCAGUUAUUGAAAUACCUCAUGAUCUUCUCAUUACCGAUUGCAUUGAUCCUAUAUCUGCAUUAAUCGAAUUUGUCUAUCCCUCAAUUCUUGAAAACAUCAACAACUUAGCUUAUUUUCAAGAAAGAGCAAUACUUGCCCCAAAAAAUGAAGUAGUUCAAGAAAUAAAUGAUUGCUUGCUGUCAUUGUUUCCAGGAGAAGAAAAGGAGUACUUAAGUUCAGAUACAUUAUGUGAAUCAGAACACCUUCAUGAUGAGUUUGAUAAAACUUUGUACUCUCCUGAUGUUUUAAAUGGUCUUAAAUUAUGA